GAGACGCAGAGGGGGGGGGGGACGGCUUCGAGAAACCGCAGCGGGACUUGGUGGAGAACUCGACCUGCCGAGGACUGACUCGACAUCCAAGUUUUAGACUUCGGGGACGACUACGAACUACCCGGGAGACUUAAAGAUAAAAACACUUAAGGGGAUGCCCAAGACUGACGUUGAGGUUGGCCCUGGAGAGGUUUAGAAAUAAUUAAGCGAGACUGAAUAUACAAUAUACUGCACCCUACAUCUCUGUAAGGGAGAUUGAAGGGACGCCUCAAAGGGAAAUUAAGGAAUACUCCGUUAAUACGAGAGGGAUAGUUUAUAGCAUUACUCUUGUUUUGCUGACGAGGGGGGAUUUAUUGAGACUUGAGGGAGAGAGAAAGACGCGAAAACCGAGAGACAAUGAAGUCGUCGGGCCUAGGACCCGUCCGCGCUCGCGACGCCUCGGCCUCGCCUAGCGGCUCCCCGGCCCGGGUGCAGCCCAAGGCGGGCGAGCUCGGGCCCGGGGGCCCUGGGGGGCCCGGGGUCUCCUCGGGCUCCGCGGGGCCCGAGCAGCAGCAGCAGCAGGCGGCCCGCGCCGUCCUCAGGGAGGCCGUGGACGCCGUGGUGAAGAGCUUUGCCAAGCACACGCAUGGCUACGGACGAGUGAACGUGGUGGAGGCGCUGCAGGAGUUCUGGCAGAUGAAGGCCGCGCGCGGAGCGGAGCUGAAGAACGGGGCCCUCGUCGUCUACGAGUCCGUGCCUUCCAACAGCCCCCCCUACGUGUGCUACGUCACGCUGCCUGGGGGGGCGUGCUUCGGCAGCUUCCAGUACUGCCCGACGAAGGCGGAGGCCCGGAGGAGCGCUGCUAAGAUCGCGCUGAUGAACUCGGUGUUUAACGAGCACCCAUCUCGCCGCAUCUCCCCCGAGUUCAUCGAGAGCAGCGUUGCCGAGGCCCUCGCCUCGUUCAACGGAAAUCCCGAGGAGGCAGACAACCCCAACACGGGCAUCGGGGCCUUCCGCUUCAUGCUGGAGGCCAACAAGGGCAAGAGCAUGCUGGAGUUCCAGGAGCUGAUGACAGUCUUCCAGCUGCUGCACUGGAACGGCAGCCUCAAGGCCAUGAGGGAGCGGCAGUGCUCUCGCCAGGAGGUACUGGCGCACUACUCUGACCGCUCGCUGGACGAGGAGCUGCGCAGUCAGAUGGCGCUCGACUGGGUGUCGAAAGAGCGCGAGCGCCCGGGCUGCGUGGCUCGCGAGCUGGAGGCGGCCGGGCGCGAGCUGGAGGGGGCGCGCCUCGCCGGCCGGGAGCUGCGCUUCCACAAAGAGAGAAAGGACGUGCUGAUGCUGGCACUGAGCCAGCUGGGGCCCGCCCGCGCCGCCACCGAGUGCUGAGGGCCGCUCGCCCGCUGGGGAGCGGACGACGGACGGGUUGACGAGUGGAUCGUGUAGCGGAUCGGUGAUGGUUGAUGAUAAUGAUGGAGAAGGGGGAGAGAGAGCGAGAGAGAUUGAGGGGUAAAGUGUUAGAGGUCGGCCGGAUGCUAGCACGAGCCGUGAGCCUAACCAGCGAGCCAGACGGACUUGAAUUGUACUUCUAGCUAACACCCUGACCAACCAAACAUUAGCCCUACCCAUAUCCAUACAAUAAACUAGCCAACCAGGCCUAAGCCCUAGCCCUGACUCUAACUCUAACACUAGCCCCUCAUCUGUCGCGUCACUCGGUCCACUCUUCACUUUUUGUUCACGUUUCACUUGCGACGUUCACCUCACCACACGUCGCUCGCCCCCUUCCCCACGCUCCUCCCCCUGCCCACCUCCUCUGCGCUCCAAGGGGACCAGAGGGUCCUCCUGCCUAUCCCACUCUACCACCCGACAGGGCUGGGCCCUCGGGCAGCACGUGGUAGACGAGCGAUCGGGCAGACGGGCGGGUGAGGGCUGUGGGCAUGAGGGAUUGUCUCUAACCCAAGCAAGAGCCCUAACUCUCACCCUAACCCCGGCAUGAGCCCGAACCCAGACAAGAGCCCUAACCCUAACGAGGGAAUCGUUUACGUCCGGAGUCGACGGUGUUGGCGAGCGUAGGAAUGCGUCGCUAAACCAGGCGCGGACGUGAGUGUCCGUCUCCGUACUUUCUGUGCGCGCUGCUUCUAUUGUCUGCUCCCAUCACGGUUUCCAUCGUCGCGGCCUAUCGAGGGCGCGGCAGCAGCGAGGGCCCCUCAAAAUUGGAGCCUCGCUCGCUCCACCCUCACCGGCGCUGCCGAGCAACGGCGGGGGGCGACCGGACGACCCCCUCGUUAACACCGGUCGACCGUCGAGUUGAAUUUGUUUUGACCUGGUGAGAACUUGAGAGAUGACAGUGGUCUUAAUUUGCAAGAGUGACUUGACCUGGGUCACCAAAAUAACAAAAGCAAUAUCAGAACUAUUGAGCCAAUAAAAAAUUGGAGCAAAAGCUAAACCAUUUUACUUCACCAGAUGAAGCCCAGUGAGCCAUUAACACGUUUUCAGAAGCAACCUGACCACACGUGAUCAUCAAAGUGGCUUAUAUCAUCAUCGUCACACGUGGGAAUGUAUAAGUCAUAUAAUCUAAACGCACGUUUCUAAAUAUGGAAGAGGGCAAAACGGGAGGAACCCACAGAACAAAUCCACACUAGGACCACCACAAGGAGAGAGAACACGGAUCGCCAGGGUCUGGGAUCGAACCCACGCUUUCCUGCAUACCAGGCGAGGGAGAUAACAUAUCUUCGUCACCGUGACGCCCCAAAAUAUCAAUUGGGGCAAAAACAAGUAAAUAGAAAUCGGACCAAACGCAAGCGAUGAUGAGACACGGACGGAUAACGGAUGGGCCGAGGCUUAGCACCUGCCCGUCCCGUACUCUAGUUGCCCGGGGUUGAUGCUUAUACAGACCUGUGCCAAAUAAACGCCUUGCUGGAAUUGUCACGUGCCAUUCGGGGUUAGGGUGGAAUAAAGGAUGGCAGCGCCCAGUCAGUGGGUUUCUGACAGGAAUCGGGAGACGACCCUCCGCUCGAAAGGUUUUGUCGCAAACGAUGCACAGUCUCUGCUUCUCGUUCACUGCGCCAGUCCGGAGUGCACAAAAAAUACGGACGGGGUAAACGUUCGUUCUGGUCUUGAUCGGGGCAGGUUAAAACACCACUUUUUUAAUAGGGGUUUUUUAAAAUCGGGUUUCGAAGACCUUCCAGAUUCAUUUUGACGAGAAUAAGCAGAAUGUAGUUGAGAACAAAUCCUGAUGAGAAACCCAGUACAUGGUGAGAAUAACAGUAGAUCCGAAGGCAGAAUAACUGUCGUUUUUCUGUGUGUGUGUGGUCAUUUUAUACUCUUUUUCAUAUAGGAAUUGAACCUGUACGUUUAAUGCUGUUGGUGUUUCAGGACGGUGUUGCAGUUAGGCACGUAACGAUCCAUAAACAGAAGAACCACCUCUCGACGACGGUAAUUGGUUCCACAAAACCGGUCGUUAUGUGAUUUUGUCAUUAAGCGAGUAUAGGAAAUAGGCUUAAUUCGUCCUGAUAGCAUCGAACGUUACCCUUUUUUUGCACGAAAAACGUACUUUAUAACAUUUCAACAAUGGAUAUUAAUGCAUGAAGAUGCUAACAUCAAACACAUAGUAUUAAAAUAAAUGUUGGUUAAUCAAUGUAUUAAUUAAUAUUUACUGUACCUACAACAGCCCGUCGUUAACAGGGGAAUGGUCGGUAAGCGAACACAUUGGGCUCUAUGGAGGCACUUAAACUACACUACUAUAAACUACACUAUACACUACACUACUAUACACUACACAUGGGGCUCUAUGGGUCGUUAACAGGGGUGCUAGUUAAGAAGAGGGGUUCUAUUGUACUACACGGAUUUAAACCCGUCAUUAAUUCACAAUGCACUCAUGUAAUAUCACGUGUAAAAUAAUAAUAUAAUGUAUAUGUUUGCGUUCAUGCAAAUUAAAUCUCUCACAAUCGCCGAGGAACCACAGACAAAGUGGACGGCAGCAGCCAGUUGGUGAGCUGGCGCUGCCAAAAGUUGCCCAAGCUCUGCGAUCUCUAUAUAUGAAGGUGUUUUCAACCAAUGAAUGAGUGUUUAUACAUGUUGGGAGGACACCGGAGCACCCGAAGAAAACCCACAUGUGUGAGCGAGGGGGCAACCCUCUAUCCCAGCAUACAGAAGGGACAGAUGACGUUUAGGGCACGGCGCCUCCUCGACGCCCAAUGGGAAGGGAUUUUCACGACAUGUGAUCACAGGCCACGUGUGUUGCUGAUAAUUACACGAACACUUGUCGGCCACGAUAGAUUAUUAUUUUAGUCAUUUAUCAGAUAAGGCUCCACUGACCGAAAUAGCUGUUUUUCGGAAGCUACCUGGGAACAAAUGAUAGCUCAACGACGUGGCUUAUCUCGUGGAAAUUGAUAGCGACUAAAUACUCCAAAUGCGUGGUGUUGAUUCUAAAUGUGGAGGGAAAAGCCAGAGGACCUGGAGAAAAAUCCACACGACUAUGGGGAGAGAGAGCGUGCAAACUCCAAUUGUACGGUUAUACAACGGUUUUAAAGGAAUUGAGCAAGUGUAAUUGUCACAAAUUAGACAACUGUGGAGAGGGAAAAUCGUUACGUGCCUACUAAUGACGAUGUUAAUUCGUAUUGCUGUUCGUCUUAAUUAUUUGACACACACCGUCAGCUACAUUUCAGUCACUGCACAGCACGCCACCUCGUCGUGGCAAUUAUGAACCUGUGUUGAUGUGAUUUUGUUUAAAAACCACAGUAUUUAAUACAUUCCACAUCGUAGCAUUUUUUUUAUACGUACGGUUAUAUUAAUCAUGAUUUUGUUUUUACUAAAGCACGUGUUUAACGGUUUAACCACUAGCUGAAGUGUUGUUUGCAAUUCAGUAUUAUCGUCGUACUCUCGCUGUAUCUCCUCUGGAGUCGAUGUCCACGUGCGCACUAUCUAUGUAUAAACACUACGUCAUUUCCACA